CACUCCAAUCAGACUUGCUGGUGCUGCUGAGGUGCUCUCUCCUCCUCCCACCUCCUUCUCGUAAUGGGGGAGCUGCACGCAGCGCUGAAGUCACAGUGAUGUCAUUUGAGGAUGUGAGAGAGUAGGGGGCAAGGUGAGCUGAUCUUGCAGUGAGUGGUGCCCCCCUCCACGGCCAGCGUUGCCUGCACAAAGGCGCGGAGCGGCGAAAGAUGGUCAUCGUCACCAGCACCAAUCCAAGCUCCGACGCGUUCUGUUCUCCACUCGCUCAGAUCUCGGGCCAUGGGGCCCUGAUCUACUCUGACCCACAAACUCUGAACCUUCAUCGCCAACAUGCCAAAGGACAGAAGAUAAGAAGAGUUGCUUUUUUAGGGCAGGUAACUUUAACCAGGUGCCCCAAAGGUAAACUGGAUGGCCAUUGCGCAAAGGUGUCACUACAGCAUGCGCAGCGGGGCCGAGACGCACUGGACGCUGCCAGCAGUUAUUGUUCUGUGGACUUCUCUGUGGGCAAUCGCUUCCUCUUUCCCGACCCCGAACAGGACUAACGCUACUUUGUUAGAAAGGAAGUGGGAGACGCUUUUCUCCCGCUCCUAUCUGGGUGUAAACGGGGGCAGAUCGCAGCUGAACUGGCAGAGCGACUACUUGCAGGGCAUCAAAAGAGUGCGGCGGCUGUACUGCAACGUGGGCAUUGGGUUUCACCUGCAGGUGCUCCCGGAUGGCAGGAUAAGCGGUGUGCACAGUGAAAACCCAUACAGUCUGAUAGAGAUCUCCACCGUGGACCGAGGGGUGAUCAGCCUGUUCGGGGUGAGGAGUCAGCUGUUUGUCGCAAUGAACAGCAGAGGAAGGUUGUACGGAACGAGCCUCUUCAAGGACGAGUGCAAGUUCAAGGAGACGCUGCUGCCGAACAACUACAACGCCUACGAGUCUUUUGUUUACAAGGGCUUCUACAUCGGCCUGAGCAAGCACGGCCGGGUAAAGCGAGGCAACAAGGCGACCACCGCCAUGACUGUCACACAUUUCCUCCCGCGACUAUGAAAGAAGCUGACAUUUUCAGAGAAAUUUGCACAUGUGGAUGUUCCUCCAGGUAACAAAUAUGUAGAAAUGGAAAGUCACGACAGAUGCACCCAUGAACUGCGAAGGAAAACACAAAUAUUUAUUCUGUUAUACAUAUUUAUGUGUAUAUUUGGAUAGCCGUGUUUGUAAAUGUAUGCCAAACUGUGCUGCUUAUUGUUUUUCUGGACAGGGCGAGUCGAAGCCCUUCCCUGUCCCACUUUACCUUGGUGCUUGCUGAAACUGAAAUACACGCCACCUACUUUUCUGAAAUGGAGGAUGAGCUUAAAUGCUGUUUUAAAGAGUGAAAUGAAUACUUUUUAUUACCUCAACGAACCACUUCACUAGAUGAAGGACUGCAUGGACUUCUGCUCAAAUAUCUGCUGAGUUUAUCGUUUUAUUCAAACCUUUGAAUGCUUGACGGUUCACUGCUCGGUUACUGUUGUCCUGCAGUGGAGGGGAGAGAGAAAUUUAAAUGCACUACUUCGUUCCUGCACGAUUUAAAGGUGCCUUGGUGUUCCCACUUGCUGGCCCCCUUUAAACCUCUGUGUAAGAGACACCCGGGCGAGUCAGAAAUAGGGCUGACGCUCCGGAGAGAGGGCCUCAGUAGAGGGGAAUGAGGGAGGAGGGGGUCGGCUAUCUCUGGUUUAUUUUCUUUUCUGUAAUUAGAUCGAUUAAGUAAUAAACAAUCUGUGGUUGAGACCAGAGAACGGUCGGCCAUGGAGGCUGGCGCAAGGCCAGGUGUUUAACUGUGUAGCUAAGAAAACAGGGUGGAAAUCCGUAUGUGCCACAGCAUGGGGGAACGGUUCGGGUCGGACUUGGCUUGCUUCUGCACAAUUAUUGACUGAGUGGACGAAGCAAAUAGCAAAUAGCAGUAGAGUGUGCUGCUGUUUUUUUUGGAAAUGCGAAGCUUAUAGCUGCUAAAGGAAAUGGAAAACAAUGUAAAUAGCUGCAAGUUUAAAAGAAGAUGUUUUUGUAGCACAAAAAAUACAAAAGGCUGCACAAGAAACCAGCAAUGAUGCUACUUAAAACACUCGGUUUGUCUUUGGUUUUGUGUUUGGGGGGAUUUUUUUGCAGCCUUUCUGUCUUUUUCAGACCUAAAUGCAAUUUUGGCGUUCAGCACCUACAUUAAGGCUCAACUAUUUCUCCACAGAGGAGGAGGGGCUUUCGGUAUAAAUAGCAGCAGUUUGUCCACAAAGCAGAAGUUGGAGGCCGUUUUGCCGACUCACGAAUCGGAUAUUCUCGUUCAGUAUUCCAAAGAUGUUUUUCUCGACUCGUUCUCUGAAUUCCCCAGACUCCACCGGAGUGGAUCUACAUGUAGUUCCUGCAGCUGUUAACUGCUUCAUUCCUGUGCGACAGGAAGCAGGAAUAUUUAAACCCAGGAAAGACGUGUGCAUGCUGUCUUUGUUUGUCAAACCGGCCCCCCCGAGCAGGAAUGCGGGUCUGCCAGGAUGACAGGGGCGCUUCCCCGCAUACCUGAACUCUUGACAGGCUGCGCUGUCCACCUCUGCCUGUUUGCUACCCCCAACCUUCACCCGCUGCAGGGAGGAACCUUUCAGAUUCCAGUUUUAACCUGUCAGCUUCCUCCUCUCAUUUCAGCCUUUUUUAGUUCAAGGUCAGAGUCACUGAGCAGCCAGUGGUCAGGGUGGUCUGUUGUCCACAACAGGAACUUACAUCGUCUUUUUAAAAGUGCUCAUAUCCCUUCACGUGUCUUCUAAAACUACAAACUAUAUGUGAGAUAUCAAUGCAAAGAGAAUAACUGUGAAGUGGAAAGAAACAGAUUUAUGAUUGUUGUUGAAUUUGGCUGUGAGUUCUGGUGGAGAGCCAUGUUUUGUAGGUUUGUAGUUGUGCUAUACUCUUUACCUUUGCAGAUGAUGCAUUGAACACAGCUCUAUGUUAUGUUCAUACCUUGAAAUAUUGUUUUAGGUGGCUUAUUAUGCUUCCUUAAACAGAUUAGGAUCGGUGACGCAAAACAUGUUCAUUACAUUUAAAUAAGUCUUAAUGAGAUUUUAAUCUGCCUACAUUGAGCUUCUCUUGACAAUUUAAACUCAACAUUGAAACUAGCACGUGAAAAUGGCUGCUAGCAUGCGCAAUUAUACAACCGCACAUUAUGAAAAGCAUUAGCAGAGCCUCCUGCGCAACUGACAAGAAUGCAGCAAGUGGUUUCUGGAUGGUAAAUCAAGAACAAAAUACUUCUGUUUUUCAGCAGCCAUUGUACAGUGCAUGCAGUGGUAAAAUCAGCUGACAAAACAAGCCGGAGCUCAACUUGGGUUCCUAGGUAACGCGCAGUGCCCAUUUAGUUUGGCUUAUUUAAAACAGAGACUAGGUGCAAAAAACAUUAAUAAGCUAAUUUCCAUCUGUGUGAAUGUGACUCAACAUAUUCACACAGAUCAAGGUCAGAUCUGUGUGUACUUACUGAUAAGAUGAUUUCAGAAGGUUAUCGGUCGCAAUGGAUUUCAUUUGCAGAGAUGAGAUGAGAUGAGAUGAGAUGAGAUGAUUCGUAAACGAGCCAUGCACCUGCUUCCUUCCACUUCACAAUUUUGUGCUAAUUUGUGUUGGUCCAUCACAUAAAAUCCCAGUUAAACACUGAAACAUACGUCAAAUAUGAAGGUACUUGAAUAAUUUCACAAAGAACUGGAUGAAGUUUUCUUUUUUUUCAACAGAUUUCAUCUGCUAACUGCUAAAAAUGCAUCUUUUAUCAUGUUCCCUGCUCUUUCCUCAAAGCGGUGGUGUUUCUGCAGCCAGGACCUUUGCAGAGUUGCUGCAGUCUCUGAUGAUGCAGAUGCUGAGCUCACCUCUGCUGCUGCAAACCACCGUCUGUCCUGACCUCGUGCUGACACGCCGUUUGGAUUCAUGUCUCCUCGCAUGUAAAACCGCUUCAGCUCAGAAGGAUGAAGAAGCUUUCCUAAAAGAAACAAAGAUACAAAUUUGUAGAUGAGACUGCAUGUUAGUUCCUUCGGAGAUUCCUCGGAAUUUGAUUUAGGCUAAGAAAGUAAAAGUUAAACUUGCACAUCAAGAAGUCUGAUGUCUCUAGUAGCACUUUAAAGCAGACAUCUCGAUCAGUAAACAACAGCAAAUAAACAUGUUUGAUACUUAAAACUCAGCGUUCAGCUUUGAUCCCAAUCGUAUUUUCGCAAAAAAGGGAAAAAAACAACAAUUUUCUUGCUAUUUAUUUUUCUUUCCACAUCUUCUUUUCAGUUUAACUUAAGUGACGGUAGGGAAAAUGUCGUUUUAUGUUUGAAUGUACAGCAGCAGCCUGAGUUUUGAGGCGCGGGCUUCAUGUGUUCUCGAUUCCUCUGUUCUCAUAUACCUCACCUCCUGCCUUAGUUUUGGUUUGCUGAUCACUGUAAAACAAGAAGAAACAAACAUUAGUGAUUUGUUUCUGUGGGCAGACAUUGCUAAUUAUUUUUGUUCCUUUUAUUUUUGUACGUAUGUGCUGUGCACAGCAAUCUACUGUAUUCCUGAGACAAGAAAUAAUAAAAGUUUGUUUUGUUUUUUUUUUAAA